GAAUCAGAGUUUAUCUGUGAUCAGAGUAGUUCAUUUGGUUAACUAAUGGGCGAUUUUAUCAGACUUUAUUGACGUCUUAACCAUAGAUUCUCUUGACGAAUUUGACGAUCACUAUGAACUAUUAAUAGAAAUUCUAAACUGUUUUAAAAAUUAACAAUUAUAAGAUAUGCCCAAAGUUUAUUAAUAACAACAAUACAGUAAAAUAAGAGGUAGUUAUGCGACAUUUAACAGCUGGCGUACACGUUUUUGCUCAAAAUGAUAUCUUUUACUAUCUGAUAACGUAAGCUAUCAACAACAAUGCAAGCGAUUUUAUCAAGCUUAUCGAGUGGCAAUGAUUCAUAAGGAAGUAUAAACGAGAAAGUGGCAAACUUUUGUGUAGUUUAAUGUACACAUCAGUGCCAAAGGCAAUGUACUCAAAGGUUUGUUAAUAUCCAGUAUUACAAAUUCAUAUUAGGGCAUUAAAAUGUCUGGAGGUGAUAAAAACAAGAAGAAAGCACCCCACAGUCAAGGAUGGGAAGAAGCUGGUGCAGAAUUCUAUCAAGAAAGUUAUCCAUCCAAUGAUGUUGACUUUGAAGUUCUGCAACGUGACCCAAAGCAUUUGGCAACUCUUUUACCAAGUAAACAGUCACGUGCAGCUACCUUUAAAAGGAUCAGAGGAACUGAUAAUACUAGAACAUUUAGAAGACAAACUUCAUCGAGAUCCAGACAAGAAUCCUUUACAAGAAGGACCUCAACUUUAGGUGAUGUUCAAGUUUCAAUGCUUCCAGAUUUAUCAGAAAAUUUAUCAAAUGAACAAAGCACAUGGGAAGAAAUCAUGAGAAUUAAAGCAUUACCUGUUCCUAUGGCUGAAAAAAGGGAAAUGAAAUUGAAACUGCAGAGUGAACCAAAUUUGCGACUUCAAGGUUAUGAACAAUUUAAGUGGAAAAGAAGAAAAAUAUUGGAUAAGUUUAGAAGUAAUGUAAAGGAAAAAUAUUCUAAAUUAGAACUGUGGAAAGGUGAAAUGAAGAAGAUUGAAGGUAAUUUUGGAACAGGCGUUGUAGCAUAUUUUUUAUUCAUCAAAUGGCUUAUGGUCUUGAAUUUUUGCAUAUUUCUUCUGAUAUUCUUGUUCAUCAUCCUUCCAACAAUUUUGUUUAAUUAUGAAGAAGAAUUAACUUGUACCGGAGAACUAAAUUCUACCCAGUGUUGUUCAGCACAGUAUUACAAUCAAUCAUUUAGCAGCGACAGUUUUUUUUUAAGUUUAGUGCAAGGUAGAGGAUGGAUGGAGAAAACUGUAAUGUUCUACGGUUAUUACUCAGAUAGAACAUUUGAGUAUUUCAUAAAUUCAACACCAAUGUAUUAUAAUUUGCCUUUUUCAUAUGUUUGCAUGUUACUCGUAAUGUUUCUAAUUUCGUUAUUUGCUAUUAUAAAGGCGGCAGCUAAAGGUUUUAAAGAACGUUUAAUAGAAGGCGAAGGUCAGUUUUAUCAGUACUGCAAUUUGGUAUUUAACGGAUGGGAUUUUUGCAUAGAUAAUGAAAAAACAGCUGCCAUAAAGCAUAAGGCAAUUUAUAAUGAAAUAAAAGGCCUCCUGGAAAAUGAAAGAAUACAGGAAGAAAAACAGAACAGGACCAGAGAAGAGAAGACUAAAUUAUAUAUAUUACGAUUUAUAAUUAAUUUGAUAGUACUUGUUGUACUUGCAAGUUGCGGAAUAGCAGUUUACUUCGUUUUCGAAUUUUCGCAAAAUAUCCUAAAACAAUUCGAUAGUAGCGAGAAUAAUUCAUACCUUUUGGGGAAUUUAAAAGAGCUGUUUUACGAAUAUUUACCAUCACUUUGCAUAGUCUUGUUUAAUUUGCUUGUUCCAUUUUCGUUCAGAUAUCUAGUCACUUUAGAAAAGUACAGCCCGUUAUUUGUAAUAAGAAUAACGUUAAUUCGUACGAUAUUCUUGAGGUUGAUGUCUUUAGGAAUACUCUUGGCAUCUUUAUACCUUCGCGUCAAUUGCGAAUUAAAAGACGACGUAUGUUAUAGUAGCCAGUGUACACCUCAGUGCUGGGAAACUUAUGCCGGACAACAAUUUUUUAAACUUAUAAUCACAGAUUUUGCUACGCACAUCAUCAUAACAUUUUUACUGAACUUUCCACGAAGUAUCAUAGCGCAAAGUUCCAAUUCGAAAGUUGCCAAAUUUAUCGGUGAGCAACAUUUCGAACUGCCGAAGCACGUCUUGGACGUUAUUUACAUUCAAACUCUGGUAUGGCUGGGCAGUUUUUACGCUCCCAUUUUGUCCGCCAUGGCUACUAUACUUCUUUUCUUCAUGUUCUACAUAAAAAAAUUCGCUUGCUUGAUCAACAGCGUCCCAGGGAACAUCAUUUACCAUGCAUCUCGUUCUAAUUCCAUGUUCAUGAUUAUUUUGUUAGGUGGAUACACUUUCGCUUUAAUCCCCAUCUUUUACGCAAUUUCCGAAGUUCUUCCAUCGAAAUCUUGUGGGCCAUUCAGAGGCUUGAAUACUGUCUGGAGCAAAGUGAUUAACACGUUCAACCUCACGCCCUCUUGGGUACAAAACAUCGUCUAUUUCAUUAGCACGGCUGGUUUUGCAAUACCAGCUUUCCUUUUCUUGAUUCUUUUAUUGUACUAUUAUUGGGCCAUCAAUUCUGCUAACAGACACAUGGUGUCGGUUUUGAAGAACCAGUUGAUGUUGGAAGGGCAUGAUAAACAAUUUUUGUUAGACCGAUUAAGUAUGUUCAUAAGGCAACAACAAGAAUCCCAAAGGAAAAUGAGACACACUGAGAUUAUGCGUGCAAGCGGAGGUGACAGAAACGUUGCUAGUAAUUAAUAAAUCAAACAAUAAUAUGUUACCGUUAAUAUGCUUACAUGGCUAGUUUGUAAGCCACGUGUAUGCUAACUGUCCAAAUGUCUGCUUUGACAAAAUGCGGUAAAUUGUGCGUGAUGUUGUUGGUAUGUAUUUCAUAAAAGGACGGAGAAGUAAUGUUAAUAUAUUUCAUCAAAUCAGACUUUUGGAUAGAUUGCACACUAUCCAGUUAGUUUAUAAACUAGUCAAGUACGGGGUUUUGCAUAAGUUAGUACAACUUUCAAUUAUUUAUUUAUAUUAUAUUGUUCGUUCUGUAACAGGAUAUCCUACAAUAUUUAAAUCAAUUUCAAAGAGAAUGCAAUAAUGUUUUAUUACAACUAAGAAAAAGAAAUUUCAUUUAAAUUUAAUUUAGAUGAAAAGCGGUAACAAAAUUUCUUUUUAUGAUUAAUUUGUCUUUAUGUAUCAUAUUAAGGCAUCAAUCAAGAAGACUAGAGAUAGGAGUAAGGACUACAUAAGGACGCGUUAUGAUCGGCGCACAAUAAGUAGUGCUCAAUAGUUUGCAGCGCAGUAAGGCAAUUUCAGGCGCAGAUAAGAUUUUGUUUGUUUUAUGUUUGAUAACUGACUUAACGGUUGUGGAGUUUUGGGGUUUUAGUGUUUGUUUACUUUUUAGAUCCAUUCGCUUUGGGUUGAAGUUUUGCUCCUAUCUCUUAGUCUUUUUGGCAUCAAAUGUGUCCACAUCGUAUUAUUAUCUCUAGUUCAAAUUGAUGAUUGUGUGCACUGUUCAAAAAAUACGUUUCAAGUAAAAGAAUAUUAAAUGCUUCUGCAAAAAGAAAAUACAACUGCCAUUACCAAAGAUUACAAGACUUAUUAGAUGACAUUAAGACAUUUAUGAUAUUUAUUUUUGCACAUCGCAUUUUUAUUUUUCACUCUUUAAUUACCUGUUAAUUUUAUUGCAGUGCUUUUAUCUUUACAAUACUUGCUUCAAUAAUUCAUGAAAAUAUAAUCCUGCUUUCAAAGUAUAAUGGAUGUGUAUGAUAAUUUAAUCAUUAAGGGUAUUCCCUUUGUUUAUUGAAAAUAAUUAUAUUAUCAAAGUCACUAAAUGACAUUAAAAUUGGCAGACUAAUAAGCAUUCAGACCCUAAAAUUAUCGAAAUAUUAUUGUUAUAUGAUUAAAUAUAAACUGCUAUUUUAUUUAUCGUAUAUAUAUUUGUAUAGAAUAUGUUUUAUGUUAAACCUGAAAUAUGCCAAAUUUUUUAUACCAAAAAAGAUUUACUGACUGCUCAACGUAACUGCUCUAAAUAAUACAUAGUGCAUUCAGUUUAUAUACCAAUUAUUUUUUAAUUUAUCACCUAUUCUAUAAAUGGGUGAGAUAUUUAUACGAGUGGUAUAAAUUUUAAUUAUAUAUACCGAUAUUAUUAUAGUUAUUGUAAAUGAAUAAAGUAGCGUAAAUAUCAGUAGUGAUAACUACUGGUAUUUCAAAAAAAAAAAAAUAUUUAAAAAAGCCAAUUUAAAAUUUGAUCUCAAAUUCUUGCCAUUGUAAUGAUAAAGUGUAUCAUUAUAUUAGAUUUAGAAGGGGCAAUUAUAUAUAUUGCUGUAUACAAGCCAUAAAAUAAUAUAUUUUUUUGUGUAAUUUUUAUUUGAAUAAAUUUUAUUUUAAAUGUUAAUUUAAAAUAAAGAAAUA